AUGGAAAUGAUGCGUUUUAUUGAAUAUUUUUAUCCAAAUACUCGAAUCAAAACUUUCUUUGAGUCUUGUGGUAUUGCCGAUUUGGUGACUACGUGCUAUGGAGGAAGGAACCGAAAAGUUUGCGAAGCUUUUGCGAAAACUAAACGACCAUUGUACGAGUUGGAAGCUGAACUUCUCAAAGGACAAAGCGCUCAAGGCCCGUUGACUGCUGCGGAGCUUUAUGAUGUUAUCAAGACACGGGAUUUGCUUAAAAUGUUCCCAUUAUUCGAAGCUGUUCACAAUAUUUGUAUUGGACAAGUGCCUGUUGAGGAAUUUAUUGUAAAAAUUCGAAAUCAUCCGGAAUAUGAAGACCGUUCUAAUGCUGAAUUUCAUUAG